AUGAUAUUCCCUGUGAUUCUUGCAUUUCUGGAGAAUGGAAAAGAUGCGAUAUACCUUCCGGUCCAGGUAUUUGAGAACACAGGAAAAGGCCCAACAUACUUAUUCUUUCGGAUCAAUCUUUUCAUAUCGAUGUGUUAUACUAUUUAUGUAAUGGUCUCUUUGUUCGCUAACAAUAUUCUUUAUAUCAUAAUUUGGGUUUUAAACUUAUUUAACUAUGAACUUGAUGAAUAUACUAUAGAAGUCAUUCAAGUGAUAAACUCGACGUCCUGGUGCUGGAAGCAGUCUCUCAUAGCACUCCUGGUCUUUUUUUCUGCAUCAAUCACCUCCCAGCCAUAUGAGUUUGGGAAGAAUGAUGGAAGUUACAAGUAUAAUAUUAUUACCAUGGUACUUAUGUACUCGGUUUUUAUAUCUGUGGUGUUUAUAGAGAAGUUUUUCAUGUGCUUCAUGAUUUCUGAGAUAAGAAGGAAGGAGUAUAGAAACAGGAUAUGGGACAUCAAUUAUAAAACAUUUGUAUUCAAGAAACUGGCAGCCAUUUCAGAGGCAGCCCCGGGAGAGAGAAAGGAGCUUGCUGAAACUAUUCAGCCCGAUUUUGACCCGGGGUUCUAUUUGAAAUACAACGACCUAAAACUGAAUUCGGUAGAGGGGGCAGAGACUGUUGCAGAAUCUAUUUUUGGGUUUCUAGAGGUUCGGACAAUUUUGUAUGAGGAUCUGGAGAAGUUCUUUCCGGACAACCACAAGGAAGUAUACACAUACCUAGCCGAAAGCUCUGAGGCUAAGGAAAAAGAUAGUCCUCUUCCAAUAACAUUUGAAGAUCUUAAGACCAGAGCUGUUGCUCUGUACAAGGAGAGAACAGACAUAUCAAGAACACUCCAGUCUAGAGACAUUGUCAUAAACAAACUGGAUAUAAUAUUGAUGGCAGUUGCCAUGUACUUUGGAGUCAUAUUAGUAAUGAUUCUUCUAGGAAUUAACUACUCAGGACUACUCGCAACUAUUCUUCCGUCGAUGGUCACCUUCAGUUGGAUAUUUUCUGAUACCAUCAAGGAGAUAUACAACUGCUUCAUAUUUCUUCUGGUGAACCACCCCUACGACUGCGGAGAUAGAGUUGUAAUAGAUGGAGAGGAGCUUUAUGUGUCCUCCGUUGACUUACUAUCUUCAACCUUUACUGGGGUGAAUGGCAGAUUGGUAUUUAUACCAACGUCUACCCUAUUCCGAGCAAAAAUCCAUAAUAUAAGAAGAUCGGGAAAGCAGUUCUCGGAGGUUGGAAUUCUGGUGAGUAAGACGACUUCGUUUGAUACAGCUCUUAAGCUCAAGGACGGGAUUACAAAAGCUGUUUCAGAGUCCACAAAAUCAUUUUCUGGAGAGAUUUACAUUCGGGAGUUCAGGGCCGAGGGCGAUAAUGUCAAGAUUUCUUUUGCUAUUCAACAUCAGUCCAACUUCCAAGAUAUCAAGAAAAAGCAUGAUAGAAGAGCUGAAAUUGUAAAUAUACUAGAAAGAGAGAUGAAAGCUCAAAAAAUACAAUACCUGAAUUCAUAUACAUUUAGUGAUUAA